UAGAUAUAUUUAUUUUUCCUAAUUUGAAUAUUGAGAACAUAAAUAAUCAAAUGUUUUUGUUAUUGAUGAUUAAUCGUUUGUUUGUGGUGUAAAUGACGAAGUAAAAUGUGCUUUGUUUUAUUUUAAAAUAUAUUUCCAUUCGACAAAGGUGAACGAAACAAAACUAACAUGACACAGAUUCUUGAUUCGAACAUGCAAGGCUUAGUCUUGGAAGUAAUAUCAGCAAACAUUUCUGAUGAAGUCCCAGAUAAAAAAUAUGUGCUUUACACCCUUCAAAUUCGUUAUAUAUCUGGAAACGAUGACCUUACCCCAUCUGUGAUACAAAGAAGAUACACCCAAUUUCAGAAUCUCUACAACUCCUUGUACAAAGAAUUUCCUGCAAAGCUUGGAGACAUAUCUUUUCCUAAAAAAGCAUAUACAGGCAAUUUUAGCAAUGAGUUAAUCAUGGAGAGAAGUACUGCCUUUGAACAGUUCCUAAAACAUAUUGCAAGUGAUAGCCAGCUGAGGACAUCUAAAGCUAUGCACCUAUUUCUUCAAGAACCAGAGUUAACUGAUGCCAAGCAACAAAUUGAAGUAAAACUUUAUGAUGUCGCUAGUCAGAAAUUGGAGAAUAUUUUUAGGCUUCUUAACAAGGUAUUUUCAGAUCGAUCCCACGAAGUUCUGUUAAUCCUGUGUAGACUUGUAGCAUGUUCUGCUGAAAGUGACACACCCGAUCCAGCCCGACUGAAAUGGGCUAAUUUAGCUUUAUAUAGAUUUAACGGUGUAAGUGAUAGUGACUUACUAGAACUGUACAUGCCAUUGCUUCAUUCUUGCGUAAAGAUUUAUAAUUCAAAUAACCAGAGUGCUGAAGAACUAACAUCACAGUUGCAGAAACUGCAGCGUAAAGGUAUGCGAGAUGUUGAAGGAAGAACCCUGUUAAUAGCUAUUCAGGAACUGGAGGAAAAAAUGCGGCACUGAUGAUAUUUUGCCCUUCAGUUGCUUGUUUUGACUAUCGUUUUUAAGGAGGCAUUUCAAUAUUCUUUUCUGCUUUUUUUUGACUGAUUUGUUAUUAUCAUCUAUCUUGACUAAAAUGACUAUAAUAGUUUAGGUCAGAUAAGUUGAUCUCAAUCAACUUUAUACUAACCUGUCUUGAAUUUUUUUCUGAUAUCAAUUAUUAAAAUUACAAUACAUUUUAACUUAAAGGCUUCAGUGGUCAAUGGUUCUCUCUGAAUUAGUAAUAUAUUUUAGCUCAGCUCAGAUAUUUAGAUCUAUAAAAAAUAUUUAUUUUAAGGCGUAGUAAUUUAUUUAGACCUUAUAGAUAUUUUUUUUUAUUUAAUUAUGUAUCGCAAAUCGUAUCUCAUAUAACAUUAUGCAAGAAGCAUCUGAUAGGAAAUGGACGUUUAACUAUUCAUGUCAAAUUAAUUGAAAAUACUGAUUUUUCUCGACUUUUAGUACAGUUAAGACAUUUAUGGGACUUUUUAUUAUAACGGUAUUAACAAGGUUCUGUGCUUCUAUGAGAUUUCCAAUUUUAAAAAUGGAAGAGAUUAUUUUAAAUGACAAUCGUCAAUUUUUUAUCUUAACUAGGGCGGUUUAUGAGACGAAAUUAUAUUUGUACACCAGUGAUACCUGUUCUCUAUGAAAUAUAUAUUUUUAUUACAGCA